AAAUAAAAUAAAUUGGAAAUCAUAAAAAAUUGAGAAAAAUAAAAAAUGAUAAAAAUUGACCAAGCCAGCCGCAGCCAUCCGAGAGACGCCAUUGAAGCCAUUAAAAUUCAGAUUGAAGCUCUCUCUCUCCGAUUACAAAACCCUAAUCCCAUGUGAAUCCACUUUCACAGGGAGAUUGAUUUACCCUUAAUCUUAAUCCUUAAUCCGCCAUGAAUUUACGCUAACACCCAGAAAAUCCCACCCCCCCAUUUCUCAUUUUUCCAGUCUCUGCAAAUCCCACAAUUUGUAGAGAGAGAGAGAGAGAGAGAGAGAGAGAGAGAGAGAAAUGCCAAGCGUAGCUGUGCAGCUCUACAGCGUGUUCUUCAAGUUCCUCUUGAAGCACCGAUUGCAGAACCGGAUCCAAAACCAACCCGACGAGUUCAACCCUUUUGGUGUCACCUCCCGACCCGAAGAAACCAUCGUCGCACCCAAUCCGGUAUUUGACGACGGCGUCGCCACCAAGGACAUCCACAUCGACCCCCUCACUUCUCUUUCUAUCCGAAUCUUCCUCCCCGAGUCCGCCCUCGCCCCACCUGAACCCGCUUCCAAGCCUAGGGUUAUCGCCGCACCGAAGCGAUCCGAUCUCAAUAACGGGCCCAACCGAGCCGAUCCGGUCCGGCAGAGCCUUAACAAUUUACCGGCCACCCCUUCUCGGCGCAACAGCUAUGGCAAUCCGGCGGUGUCCAAUUUGGCGAAAAGUGAGCAGAGACGGAACAGUUAUGGUUGUAGCAAUGACAUGGAGGGAUUGAAUUUGAUGGCCAAUGCCGGCGCCGGAGUGUACAGAGGCUACUCGCCGGGCAAUUCGACCAGGACAGGUCGAAAAUUGCCGGUCAUGUUGCAGUUUCACGGCGGCGGUUGGGUCAGUGGGAGUAAUGACUCGGUAGCCAAUGAUAUCUUCUGCAGGCGGAUUGCGAAGCUCUGUGACGUCGUAGUAUUGGCGGUGGGUUAUCGGCUUGCCCCGGAGAAUCGGUACCCUGCGGCAUUUGAGGACGGGUUGAAGGUGUUGAAUUGGCUUGGGAAGCAAGCGAAUUUAGCUGAGUGUUGUAAGUCCAUGGGAAGUGGAAAGGGAGCGCUCGGUGGCGUUACGGAGUUUAAGAAGACUGAUUCUCAUAGGCAUAUCGUGGACUCUUUCGGGGCGUCAAUGGUUGAGCCCUGGUUAGCUGCCCAUGGAGAUCCAACAAGAUGUGUUCUUCUUGGUGUAAGCUGUGGUGCGAACAUUGCGGACUAUGUGGCCCGGAAAGCUGUAGAGGCAGGCAAGCUUUUGGACCCUGUGAAGGUGGUUGCACGGGUCCUGAUGUACCCGUUCUUCAUUGGAAGUGUUCCCACCCACUCUGAGAUAAAACUGGCAAACUCCUAUUUCUAUGACAAGGCAAUGUGCAUACUAGCAUGGAAACUAUUUUUACCUGAGGAAGAGUAUAGCUUGGAUCACCCAGCUGCCAAUCCCCUCAUCCCAGAUAGGGGCCCACCUUUAAAGCUUAUGCCUCCUACCCUUACAGUAGUGGCAGAACAUGAUUGGAUGAGAGAUCGCGCCAUUGCUUACUCAGAGGAACUUCGGAAGGUAAACGUUGAUGCACCUGUACUGGAGUAUAAAGAUGCAGUUCACGAAUUUGCAACCCUUGAUAUGCUUCUCAAGACCCCUCAGGCUCAGGCUUGUGCAGAGGACAUCGCCAUCUGGGUCAAGAAAUACAUCUCACUUCGAGGUCACGAGUUCUCAUAUUAGGUAGGAGACAAACACCCCGAGCGAUGGCGCAACACAGCACAAUCAUCUCCGCCAGUGUAUUCUGUUAAAAACUGAGCCAGAGAAAACAGGUUUUGCUGUGAUUACCUGGAAUUCAUACGACAUUGUUUUGGUGGUUUCCUUUUCGAUCUCUUGGGUUGUUUCAGCUUCGAAAUCAUCCCUUGUGACUGUGUCAUGUUCUGUGUUUUUGUAAGAUAGAGAAGUUGCCUGAGAGUAGGAUUGUACAUGAGGCUGUGAAAUGUUUACCCUCCCUUUGUAGCAAGGAGCGCCGCAUUCGGACGUUUUCUUGCGCCAUUUUUUUUCCCUGUGCAUUAUGAUGUAGUACUGUUUCUCAUUAAUAUAGUUCUCAAUUCAAUUAAA